AACUGUGGGAGAAGGGACGGAUAAGCAGGGUGGAAUUCUUAGUCUAGUGUUAACUGUUAAUGAUCUGCAUGGUUUCUCUGAACCUCAGUUUCUUCUUCUGUGAAAUGGGCUAAUUCUACCUUCCUGCCCUCAGGAUCACAGGCAAUGCUUGGAAACUAUAUCUCCGCCUACCCUUCUCCUCCCACCCCUGGCUGCCCCUGACUGUCUUUCAGGAGAGGAUGAGGCAGCUGGCCCAGCCCCCAAGAGGUGGGCCUCUGACAGGAGCAGGAUGAGGCGCCCUGGAGGGUUUGAUUAAAUGGAAGAAAGCAGAAGCUGCAGGACUCUCCGGUCCCCACACUUCCUCUCCACCUGCCGUGGCUGCCACAGCAGCUGCCUGAACACAGCUCUCAAAGACCAUGAGGGGCAACAGAGGAGCCAUGGAACACCUCAUCAGAUUGGGGUCGAAGUUCUGGCGCUUGGGGAUCUGCAAGGCACUUGUCCCCCUGCAGACUGCCUGGAAUGCCUUCUCCCGACCUGUCCCAGCCAGCUGUAGUGAACUAUUGUCACAGCUGCUCCUGUGUGCUUCCCUGGCCGGUGUCAUUGCGGUCCUGGUUCAUCACUGGCUGGUCUCUUCACAGCUUUAUCCUCAGGGGCCCCCUGCCCUGGUGACCACUGUCUGUGGUCUCCUGGUCUUCCUGAGCCUGGGCCUGAUACCCCCCAGCCGCUGCCUAUUUGCACUCAGUGUGCCUACCCUGGGCUCUGAGCAAGGCCGCAGGUUGCUACUGUCCUACAGCGUAGCCAGCCUGGCUGUGGCCGUGGUACCAAACGUCAUAGCCAAUGUGGGUGCAGUUGGGCGAGUGCUGAGUUGUGUUACUGAGGGCUCACUGGAGAGUCUGCUUAACACCACUUACCAGCUGCGCCUGGCAUCCCAGGCACUGGGCCCAGCCAGGCAGGCAGGCAGCAGGAGCCUGGCAUUUGAGACAGAGGGCAAUGGUUCAGCCUUCCGUCUUCACGCGCGCGUGGUCACUCAGCAGAUCCUGGAGGACUUCUCUGGCCUGGAGUUCCUGGCUUGGGCAGUACUGGGGGCUCAGCGGGUGGUCACCGGGCUGUUUAUGCUGGGCCUCCUGGGUGAGUCUGCCUGGUACCUUCACCGCUACCUCACUGACCUGCGCUUCGACAAUAUCUACGCCACUCGGCAGCUGGUUCAGCAGCUGGUCCAGGCUGGUGCCUCACAUCUGCUGGCUUCUCCACCCCGCUGGCUGCUCCAGGCAGCCCAGCCAAAGCUGUCGCACGAAGAGUUGCUGAGCUGUCUCCUAAGGCUGGGGCUGCUGGCACUGCUCCUAGCCGCUACAGCUGUGACAGUGGCCACAGACUAUGGGGCCUUCCUCCUGGCACAGGCAGCUGUGGCCUGGGCUCAGAAGUUGCCCACUGUCCCCAUCACACUCACGGUCAAGUAUGAUGCCUCAUAUACGCUACUAGGCUUCAUCCUCUUCGUCCUCAACCAGCCUCCGGUGGAGAGCGUGUUUGCCUCGGCACAGCACUCCUUCCAGUGGGAGCUGUACUCCAUGCCCCACGACUGUCACCUGCCUCAGGUUCAGCCGCCCCAAGUCACUGCGGCACUGACCGCGGGCGCCCUGCAGCUGCUGGCGGGUGCCACCUUAGUGUUGCAGGCCUAUGCUCGGCGCUUGCGGCACGCCAUCGCUGCCUCCUUCUUCCCAGCCCAGGAAGCCAGGAGGGUUAGCCAUUUGCAGGGCCGGCUGCAGAGGAGACAUGACCGGAGUAACCGCCUGGACAGACAGGCCUGCACCAUGGGCACCUGGAGCCCAGGGAGCCCGGGCAGGGGACAAGAGCUCCGGAAUCACAGGGACCUCAGUCGCUUGGCUCCUCUUUGUCCUUCGUGGACUUUGGGUAGGCCAUUGCACAUCUUAGAGCCUCGGCUUCCGUAUCUGCAUAACGAUCGUCCAUGGCAACUGUGAUCUGCUUUUCACGCGGGAUGUGCGCGAAUCACGGCAAGUGGAAGGCGAGGGAGAGUAGAGAAGGCGUGGGUGCAGCAAACAGGCUUCGAAGUUUGGGAGGACCAGGGCAGCUCAGUUCCUUCCCGUUAAAUGGAGAGUGCCCUGGUAACAUCACGCGGAGAUUCUGCCUGUGGACUGGCCUCAGCGCUCCUCUGACUUAGAAGUCUCCGAAUCCUCAGAAUUUACUGUAAUCAGAAAGUUUUUGUUUAUAAGUGAAUAUAUUUAUUACAUAUAAAAGUAAACAGUUUUACUGUUUCCUGUUCCUUUGGAGCCAUUUAGACUCGUCAGGGUUAGUAAAUAAGCAUACAAGAUACUCUGCCCAGUUUUGAAAGUCAGAGAAGGGGCACAUUUGUUUAGUAUCUGGUCACCCUUGGCUAUGAACUUGGCCUCUGGUUGUCCAUGUGUGGCCAGUGAGUUCCCCAUAGUAAAUAAUAACAAUAAUAACAAAAUGACAAAUUCAA